AUGUCCAGAUCAAAAGAGAGCCAUGAUGUGGUACUCCUACCUGGUGAACUCUUCUGGAUGAUCCUAGCCUACUUAGAACCAAAUGAAUUAGUCCGAUGUCGCCGUGUCUCGCGUGCCUGGAACGAAGCCUUUAGCAACCCGGCCAUCCUACUCCCACUCCUAAAGAAACAUUUCCCAUGGACAGAAGAAGUCAAAAGCUUAGGCUUAGAGACGUCGCCUGAAGACCAAGACCAGGGCUGUCGUCUUUUCGACCAGGUUGCUUCACGAUACGAUCACCUAAAACGAGGCAAACCCCGCUCUAUCCAGAAGUACCGCCUCUGCGAUGACUUUGGCAGCGCUGGAGACCGGGAAUGGUAUCAGGUACAGCCAUGGGAGUCACACGCCAGCCAUAUGAGGCGCUUUAUUGACCGACAGUUCUCUGAAGCUUUAUGGACUUUCGAGGAUGGUUUGCUGGUCUACCCCAGCGCCGAUCAUCAGUUUCUUGUGCUCAUGGAUUUGGAAACGGACCGACAGUUCAUGGUGCCAUUUGUUAUUCGUGGCAAGGUCGUUCGUCGCGUACGUCUACAGAAAAGCUUGCUCGUCAUUGAGUGGGCUGAACCCAAGGCCUUUCACUGGUUGAAUGAUAGCGAUGGUGUUCAUCGUCACUUUGCGUCUUCGUUUGAUGUGACGCGGAGUGAGGAUCAGGGCUGGAACGUUGUCCCGCGCAAUGAGUGGAAGAUUAUGUUUUUGGGACAUCCGCUGAGCGAGCGAGAUCGAUUCUUCUCCUCUCAUAGCAACACUCACUAUGUGAUUUAUAUAUGGCAGCCAAAUCGCAGCUUGUACACUGCCGACGAAGAUGCACCCAUUGAGUCUUUGUUUGUCUGGGACAUAUCGAAACCAUCCUCAUACCGACCUUCAUUGGAUCCCACAGGACGACUGAGAGAUGACUCCCCUGAUAACUCUCCGUCAAUCGUGGCACGAUUCGGAUUCCGGGACCUAGAGUUCUUUGACGUCCGACAACGAGGCUGUCCCAGCAUUCAACGAUUGGAAAUUACGGAUGAUGCCGAAGCAGUCGAAAUUACAGAAAACGUUUGCAUUCGACCGGAAGACCAACCACCUGAGCCAUUCGGAUUUCCUCGACCUAUCACUACGAGCAUUCCUCUAGUCGGACAUGGACCUCAUUGGCGUCGGGACUUCGAGGGGAUUCUACCGCCUUACCGUGGGAACUGCAGUAUGCAGGCAGAGAGUAUGAGGUCUGAUGGGCUCAUCAUGACAGAUCCUUGGUUUGGUGUCAUUUCCCAAGUGACUGUACACGAGCCUGAUCUUGGCUUUUGUCUUCACUUCGAUCCGUGGACGUGGAUCCAGGAUCAGAUUGUCUAUUUGACCAUCCAGACACCUCGCUCAAACGUCACUUGUGAUAAUUGGGAUUUUGUCGGCAGGGGGAAGCUCGCUGGUUGUGAGAGAUAUCUGGUGGGCGAGAAUUGUAAUCGAGAGCUAGUGAUUUACCGGUUUGAUAAAUGA